AUGAGUGCUAAACGAAAAUUAACAACUUUAACUUUACAAGAAAAGUUCGAUGUUAUUAACACGGUAAAAACUGGGAUGAAGAAAAAAGACGUAGCAGCUCAAUACGGGAUACCUGCUAGUACUUUAUCAACCAUAAUUAAAAAUGAAGCUGAAAUUUUAUUAAGGUACGAGAAAAGUGGAAACAUAUCAUACAAAAGAAGACGAGUGGCUGAAUUUCCUGACCUUGAAGAAGGUCUACUGACCUGGUUUAAGCAGUGCCGCGACAAAAACAUAAGUGUAUCUGGUCCUGUUUUACGCGAGAAGGCUGAAGAAUAUUCGAAACUGCUUGGACACAAUUCUUUUCGUGCUAGUAAUGGCUGGUUGAAUGAGAAAUGCUAUGGUGGAAAACAUAGCAAAGAGCGAUUGACAAUAUUGCUAGCAACAAAUAUGACAGGAUCAGAAAAAUUGAAACCGUUAGUUAUUGGGAAAUCUAAAAAACCACGUUGUUUUUCUGGCUGUAAAUCUUUGCCAUUGGACUAUGAAGCUAACACGAAAGCCUGGAUGACAUCUGAAAUAUUCAAGGAAUGGCUACUGAAAAUUGACAAAAAAAUGAUUAAGGAUAAACGUAACAUAUUGCUUUUCAUUGAUAACUGUACAGCUCACAACGUAAUUCCACCAUUAAAAGCCAUAAAAGUUAAAUUUCUGCCACCGAAUACGACAUCUAAACUACAGCCCCUAGAUCAAGGAAUAAUUAAAAAUUUCAAAUCCUAUUAUAGAAAGGAAGUUGUAAGAAAACUUAUAGGUGAUAUGGAACAACAUUCAAAUUCACCUAUUACUGUACUGCAGGCAAUGAGGAUGGCAGAUAAAGCGUGGAGGAGUGUAUCUGCAAGAACAAUAUCGAAUUGCUUUAACAGUUGCGGAUUUUCGAUGCCACUUAAUACGUCUACUCCUGAAGAUGUUCUCGAAGAAGUUCUUGAAGAUGCUAAUUUAGAUGAAUUACAAGCAGAUUAG